GGGCCGGGCGGCGGCCAUGGAGCCCCGCGGUAGCGCCGCGCCCUGGGCCCCGGGGCCGCCGGCGGGGCAGGGCAUGGAUUCUCCCUACACGAACGGAGCCUACAGCGCCCCGUACCCUCCGGCCGCCCCGCACUGCACCGGCCUGCCGCAGACUCGAGGUUACUACUCCUCCGGGCCCCCCCGGAGCCCCUACCCCGCGGAGACCACGGGCACGUACCGGCCUCCGUCACCUGCUCCUCCCUGGGGCUACGGCACGCCGGACUGCCUGGAAGGGUCCUCGCUCCGGCGGCAGCAGGUCCCCGGGUACUCCCCCCCGCAGACCCCGGGGAUGCCCGUCCCGCAGUACCCGUACGGAGACAACCACCUCGGGGCCGCCCCGCAGGGGCCGCAGCCCAGGCCCCAGGACGACGCCUGGGCUCCCUCCGCCGUCUACGGGGUGCAGCCGCGGUACGCCUGGCCCGCGGCCUCGGCGCACGGGAGCCCCUUUGUCACCGACCCGCACCCUGCCUGGAGCGGCAGCGGGGCCGCGUCCCACCCCCCCGCCCGGGACUCCAAGGAAACUGCUUAUGACAAACCCGAGCCAAGUGCAAACCAACACAACUACUGCUCCGAUGUCAAUCACCAGCAGUGUGGGACAACGACUGACCACAAGGCACCCCCUCCACUCAGCGCCAAGCCAUCCCUCGCAAACCCCAAGGUGCAGUACAGCGCACAGCCCCAGAUGUACGACACUGCGACUCGGAAGCUUUCGGCUGGGAACCAGGAGGCAGGCUUCAGAGCCGGUGACCAGGCUGCAGUGAACGCUGCAGCCACCCAGCCAGAGAUUCAGAGAAUCCUGCACGUUACCAGGGCGGCUGUACAGCUGGAACAAGAGGUGGAUGAGUUUGUAGGGAAAAAGACAGAUAAAUCCUACCGGCUUCUGGAGGAGAUGUUGACCAAGCUGCUGUUAGAACUGGAUUCCAUUGAGACUGGUGGCCAGGACAGCGUUCGGCAGGCCAGGAAAGAAGCUGUCCACAGAAUUCAGGCCAUUCUGGAAAUACUGGAAAGAAAGGGAUUGUGAAAGCCUGUCAGCCACAACACGCAGCCCGUUGUUGAGGUUCCAAAGAGUUUUAGUUCUGCUAAAUGUCAGCUCUUUCUGCUAAGCACUAUUGACAAUGAAAAGCAAUAAGCCCUGAUUUAAAAAACAAAACAAAACCACAGAAAAGCCCAGCCCCGCUAGAUAACUUGGCAAUGGACAAAUUAAGAGAAGAUGGAAACAGCAAAAUAAAUUGUUUGUUCCAGGCUUUGGAAAAGCAGCACCACCUGGGGUACUUACCACUGCACAGGACCCUGGCGGGUCUGCAUCCUCUUAACAAGAAGAAAAUCGCUGCACGAAGUUCCCCAAGCCAGGCCCAGUCCAUAGGUACCUCCUGGAGCCACAGCUCUGGAGACAGCUGGAAUACCUGUCAGAUUUUGGCACAAAGGCAUUGCAACGUGCAGCCGUGAACCGAGACCCUGGGCUUGUCAAUCACUGCGUGUAUUUUCAGCUUCAGAUUCCUUGCCAUAAAAGCUGCUGCGUGUCGUCGGGGGUUCUGCUUGUUUUUAGUGCACUCAAGCAGCCACAGCGCCGUGCUGCAGAACAUGACCCUGCUGGCAGCCCGGUCAGCACAGCAGCACAAGCGAACGUCGCGUCACGCCGUUACUUCUGUCGUGCAGAGCUGUUCCGUGAUGUCUUGUGUGGCUGCGGGAACACAACCUGGAGCCCUCUGAGUUCUGCAGCUGGAAAACACGGGCACGGUCAGAAGAAGUGUCGUGGCAGGGCAGCCCUGGACAGAGGGAUGCAUAGGAAUGCUUUUCAGGUCACUCGGGUAAAAAUCCACUUUUUAAUCGUAACGUCCUUUCACGUACUGCGAGUUCUGUAUUCCACUGCAAACCCCCUGCUCCGUGGCACUGUUCGGUACGGAGGGAAGGGAAGAGCUCAGCCUACCACUAACCUUCCGGUUACACCACGUUACGUGAAUCAUUACUGCGUGUAACGAGAUAAUAAACCCUGACAACUUUUAAAUGUUGUUUUGUAAU